AUGCCUGAAGUUGCCGACGACACACCUGUACACCUCACCGAGGUCGAUGUCGACCUCGACGUGCAAGAGAUUCUCCUUGCCGCAUCACAGCAUGAUCUCACUAAGCUGCGCAAUCUACUCCGCACCCAAUCCGGUCUGCCAGACGCAGCGAACGUGAAAGACUCCGAGUCCGGCUUCUCACCUCUCCACGCCGCACUCGCCGCUUGCGAGCGCGACACGGACGACGAAACACAGAAUGGCGCCAGCAGCGAGGCAAUCUCAGAGUCAAACCCCAAGGGACUAGACACAGAGACUCUGAAGUCAGCGGUACUGACCGUCAAGUUCCUCCUGCAGGAGGGCGCCAUCUGGAAUGAGCUCGACUCGAAGAACGAGACGCCUGGCUGUCUCGCUCGCCGCAUUGGAGCUCUCGAGCUGUACGACCUGAUUGUCGACGCGGGUGUGCGCGCAGAGCUCUUGCUGAACCGUCUUGACGCCUACGAGGAGCUAUCCGACGGCGACGAGGAAGAGGAGAAGGAAGAGGGCGAGGGCGAAACCGAAACCGAAGCCGCCCCCGAACUUGUCGAUGCCUCGGCCGAACCUGCGAACCCAGACGUGAGCAACCCACAAUAUCUGGAGUCGAGCCUGAACAUCCAGAAUGACCGGAUUCUGGACGGAGACCAGAACGGUGUGAUGAUGGCCUGGGAAAGUGACAUCAUGCGCAAGUCUGCUAAGGCUCUCCUUCCCACGCCUGGCCUGAAGGUUCUCAAUAUCGGUCAUGGCAUGGGUAUUGUGGACGGAUUCUUCCAGGAGCAACAGCCUGCGGCGCACCACAUCAUCGAGGCGCACGCCGAUGUCGUUGCGGAGAUGAAGCGACGCGGAUGGGACAGCAAGCCUGGUGUUGUGAUUCACCAGGGUCGCUGGCAGGAUAUUCUCCCUGGUCUGGUGGCCGAGGGAGAGAUGUUCGAUGCUAUUUACUACGACACAUUUGCCGAGUCCUAUGCUGAUUUCCGCGAGUUCUUCUCUGAGCAGGUCAUUGGUCUGCUUGAGCAGGAGGGACGGUGGGGAUUCUUCAAUGGCAUGGGUGCUGAUCGACAAAUCUCUUACGACGUCUACCAGAAGGUUGCAGAGAUGGAUCUGUUCGAAGCUGGAUUUGAUGUGCAAUGGGAGGAGAUUGCUGUUCCCAAGCUCGAGGGCGAGUGGGAGGGCGUUCGCCGUGCCUACUGGGUCGUAGAUGAUUACAGAUUGCCGCUGUGCAAGUUUAUGGAUUAA